CUUUGGGGGGGGGUAAUGUUUUCCUAUUUAUAGGAGAUCAUGAUGGCCCAAAGGACUUUUAGAAUACCUUUGCUGUUCUCCAUUCUGGCUGCAUUCGUCAUCUCUGCCCUAGCUGAGCAACACGUAGCAGAGAGUCAACAUGGAAAUAUUCGCCUGGAUAAGAACUUGGUACAAGAUAAAGACCACAUCAUGGAACAUUUGGAAGGUGUUAUUGAGAAACCAGAAUCUGAGAUGUCUCCACAGGAACUGCAGCUUCAUUACUUCAAAAUGCAUGAUUAUGAUGGCAAUAAUUUGUUAGAUGGGUUAGAACUUGCUACUGCUAUAUCACACGUCCACAAAGAGGAAGGUGGUGAGCAUACCCAGGCAAUGAAAGAAGAGGAGCUGAUUAGUCUAAUAGAUGAUGUCUUAAGAGACGAUGACAAGAACAACGAUGGAUACAUUGACUAUGCAGAAUUUGCAAAAUCACUGGAGUAGGGUUUUGCAGGUGGCUUGUUUCCCCUUCUGACUACAUAGAAAUGUGAACCAGUCUAAUGUGAUUCAUACUGUCUCAUACCAACCUCUGUGCUGUGAGAAGGAGAGGUGGACCAGUUCCAGAUGAAUUUAUUUGAAAGUUGUGUGUGUUAAGAGACUGGCUAACUCAGAGCAAGAGCCAUGUUUGACUUUGAAUCUUCAUCUCUGAUGUUUUGAAUUGAAGCAUCAACAGUACUCACAUAGGGUGCCACUGGCAAACUCUUAAGUAGCUGUGUAUGAAUACUGAGGAGAUCACAUACAAUCUUAAGUUUAUAUUUUUGUGUCAUUGGGUUAUAUAGUACUUUCUUGCUUACAUCUUCCAUUUAAACUUACUAAAUGCCCAGUAAGCAAAAGAAGAUUAUUGCAUAUAGUUGUAUUUCAAGGGCAAAUGUUUUUACGUUCCCGCUUGUUUCAAAGGAAGUUUGCCCAUAAGUACAGGUGCUUGAAACAGCAAUUUUGGAGGAAAAGUGAAUGUCAUUUCUAUUUGAGGUCCACAUGAUACCUAUGGACUUCUAACACAGUCUUUGAAGAAAUCCAGUAUUUCGAGAUAUCCGUACUUCCUAGCAUACCCUUGUAUUUCACAUAUAAAUAUAUAUACACGUGUGUCAAUUUUUUCUCAUCCUUCACAGAUUUACUUUUUAUGUCUUAAUUUACUGAUUUUUUUUUUUUUUUCCCUCUACCUUCCCUGGUAUUUGCUUAAGAAAAUGAAAGUAUUUUUAUUACGUUUAUAUGUUGUAUUAAUGCUGCAUAGCAUUUACUAGAGUAGCUUCUGCUGUCUCAUUUUGAAGGUCACAGUAACAGUAAAUCAGUUUAAU